AUGGCCCCCAUGGUCAGCAAGUCUGCUGAUCGUGAAAUUUCACCCCACCCUCCCCGACUUGCCCCAGGAGAGCAGCAUCAGCAUCCAUGCGACGAUGAAAUCGAAACCCAGCAAUACCCCGAGAACGCUCAGCUCGCAGCCAUAGAGCAAACUGCACUUAAAGUCCGAGUUCCAGAGCUGCUUAACCCUCAGGCAAGCCAAGCUGAGACAGAGCUGCCCGAUGCAAGCUUACCGGAAGAUGAAGAUAUUGGAUCGACUCGGCUCAACCUACACAAGUGGGCUGAUGGACGGGCUGGGCUCAAUCUGGGCGAUGGAAUCACUCUGGGAAAUGGCCAAAUGAGGUUGAACAUUUAUGACUGGCGGACCUCUGCUACGAAAUUCAUCGUGGAGAACAACCCCACGGGUAAUCCCAAGUGCGAUCUCGAUGCAGUCAUCACAGAAUCCGAUAACAUACGUGUUGACUUUAAGGCCACCACUGAUUACCCAGAUGGCGUGAUGGGGGUCUUGGGGGCGAUUAAAGCAAUCUUCACAGCUCCAGAGGAGAUUGGCAUGAGAAAUAUUGAGACUGGCUUCGCACCGGCCUAUCGAGAGUCAAAGAACCCGAACAGAGACAGCUAUUUCAUCAAAUGGACAACCCCGUGGGAAACAUUUGGAUGCCGAGUAAGCUGGAUGAAGGCGGAAGAAGAUUCACAGUCCAUAAGGUUCAAGUUUGUGAAUGGCAAGAAUGCCGGACCUGAGGAACAGUUGAUGGUCACUGUUGAUGAGAAUGACCGGUUUUACCAGCAAAUCUCUGACAAUGACCCUAACACUUAUGGCAAAUGGAUGGCGCUUCCGGUCCGGAUUUGGCUGCGCACUCAGUGGCUGGUGGCAAUAACUGGCGAUGUAGACAACGGACUGUUUGGGAAGUUAUCUGUCGGUGGCAAUUACCCUUCCUCUAUCAAAAAGAGGAACAAAGGCAGGAAGCAAUCAAAGAAAUUGCCAAAGAGAGCCCGGGAAUCUUUCAAAGCUGAAGGAAACUCAGAGGGUGAAAAGUCAAAUGCCUCGGUUGCGCCAAGUCCUGAGCCAUUAGUGGUAGGGCAAGAAAAUACGAUGGAGACAAUGGGAAGUCAUGAAGUCAAGGAAGAGUCGACCCAGCAAGAGUUGACCAAGAGGGUUUCUACACUCAGAAUUGAUACCCAGAAGAGUAACAGAAGGUCAAAGGAAAAGGGUAGGGGCGAGUGCACACCUGAUUUGUCUGGUUCGUCUGUUUCACCUUCCGACUCAGGAAAGAAGGAUGCGGACGAGUUCACAGGUCGACCUGGUAACCAGCGUGAGUUACUUCCGGGAGUGCAGGACAUCGCUCGACAGGAUGUCGCGACUGAACAGCAACUUGCGGCAGUUGCUGAUCAACAAACAGUCAAUGCCUCCCGGUUCCCUAAACCCAGUGACUUGACUACCCCAUUGUCUUCAUCAUUCGAGACAGCCCGAACCCACCUCUCCCCCAACACUCCCUUCCCCUCAUCCGCGCUUUCAUGUUACUUCACGCCUACAACCAUUCCAUGGAAGGAAUACGCGGUUGAUGGGGAAGAUGGAGUGCAUGCGGAAGAAAACGAGCCAGCAGAGAUUUCGGAUCGGCUGUCUCUUACUCCGCGGGGGGAUGAGGUUGGGCUUCUGGGAUCUGUCUCGAACAACAGGGACGAGGUGUGUUUUUCUGACCCUGAAGAGUACCUUGGCGGCCACAAGGCGCAGCAGCCAGUCUUGCGCCGAAGUGAGUCUUUCGAUGUGGCCAGUCUAGGGAAAUUCAAGGGCCAGGAAACCGCAUCCUCGUUCCCAACGGCCGACCAUCCAUUGUCCUCCCUUGCCUCUUCUAACUCGUCUACCACAGGCUCGGUCGGGGUUGAGUCAGAUGAAUCCAGCUCAGAUGAAGCCGCCCAGCCUGACGACCAAACCCCAGCCGAGCCUAGCCGACGAGGUAAGAAGAGUGCAUACAAGAGGAAGAGGCAGGAGAAACGGAGGCAUAAGAGAUUGAUGAAGCGUCAGCAAGAGCACAGUGAGCAAGAGCACAGUGCUGACGUCUCCCGCCCCGUCUCCAAUGCUUCUUCCAAGGGCGAUGGACUGGAAGGUCGUUCUCCGUCUCCACCCGAGUCGUUUGAGGAUGAAGACCCAACUCCCACAGCCGUGCAGUUCGGCAACAUCGGGACCCCAUCCCCUGAACCGCAGUUGGACUUGGGCAGGAUCGCCAUUCUUUGCGAGAAGCAAGGCUGCCAAGUCCACUGUGGUCUCGGGGAUGGAGUCUCCGUUGUUUGCCCUAAGUGCGGACCGUUUUCGGAGGUCCGCUACUGCGGCAAGGACCACCUGUGGGAGGAUGUCAAGGUGCAUUGGCUGGUCUGCGGGACCCGACCAGUCUACCAGCAGCAGCCCUUGGCCGGGUCGAUUCCAUACGACGUUCUCGUGGGUCCACCAAUGCUUCCCAGCCUUCACCAGUGGGACACCCCUGAGCGCCAUCGUCAGGCGGUGUGGUUCAGUUCCGCCCGCGACCGAGGUGACUACUUCGUGUUCGCGGAGUGGGACGACCUGGUGAAGGCUGCGGACGCUCCAGGCAGUCACGUUGGGCUGCGAUGUUCACCUCGAGUCGCACACAUCGUGCGAUUCGAGGACGCCAAAGAGAAGGACCGGUUCCGCCGGUGCCUUGCAGUUUGUCUCUUCUCGGCGGUUGAACAUCCAGCCCUCGUGGACUAUGUUUACCGGCUCGUCCGGGACUGGAUGCGGGCUCACAACUUGUGGGCCAGUGACAAGGACAUGGACAGCAUGCUGCGCUACCAGAUGGGACUCGAGAUGGGUAGCACCCUCGAUGAGAGCCGUCUUGGUUUGCGGCAUGCUUGUGAGACGGAGUGGGUCGGGGCCAACCGACGCCACUGCGAGGAUUUGACCUGCGCGAGCGAGCGUCGCCCCACGUUGCUCGGUUACCAGUGUAUGGGGUUGGGCUUCCGGAGAGUGUGCGAAUACCUCGAAUCCAACUAUUGGAUUCUGAGGGCGCACCGAGCCACCCAUCCUUCGGUGAGCGACGUGGUGGCUCGCACGUGUGGGGGAGGAUUCUCGGAGGUCCUUUCAAUGGACCGGCGGACCUUCCGCCGUGGCGAAGGUUGGGACGGGGCGGGAACGGGCCCCAUGGAGCUGGAGAUGCCGUGA